GGUGUCAUAUGCACUGGAUCCACUUGAAAUGCUGUGCUAUCGUAGUAUCGGUCUUCAUUGGGCCCAUCGAUGGUCCUGACCACGGAACGGGUCACAAUUCGCCUUUCCUUCCCAAGUCACUUGCCCAAACAACACACACGAGGCUUCUAAAUCCUAGGAAUACGGCAGUUCCAACGGAUCGUCCCGGUACAUCUUCAAGCGAGUCACAGUGUUGUUUUGACUCUUCAAGCGCUCGAAUCCCACAUAAAACGGUCGUAUCAUUCCCGCGAACUUCGAUAACAUCAUAGCACACAACUAUCAUCUCCCUUAUAUCAACCAUGGCACACAGUUUUCAGAACGGCGUGUCCCGAAUGAACUGUCAUCCUGAAUACUAUCUUAGAGAUGGUAAUAUCACCUUCCAUGUUGAAGGCACUCUAUUUCGUGUCCACCGAUACUUCUUCGAGCGCGAGUCGCUAUUCUUCUUGCAGGAAUUCGCAAGGGCUCCUCAGGGGGGAACUACUGAUACCAGCGCGUUUCGACUCGAUGAAGUAACCGCCACCGACUUUACGAAAUUCUUAUGGGUCUGGUAUAGUCCCUCGUACAGACGCGGAAGCCUGAGUGAACCAAAAGAGCAUUGGCUCACCAUACUGGAGCUCUCGACAAAGUGGCAAUUCCUAGAUAUGAAGAAGCUUGCCAUCGAUGAGCUCGAGAAGCUCGAUAUAGAACCCAUUGAGAAAAUCACCACUUACGACAAACACAAGAUCGACAAAUUGCUUCUGUUGCCUGCAUACAAGCUCCUGUGCAAGCGGACGACCCGAAUAACCGAUGAGGAGGGUGAGCAACUUAAGAUACCCACCCUCCUCAGGAUAUUCGAGGCUCGUGAGCGUGCGGGGAGCGCAGCGGAGGGCAGGCGCACAGGCCCGACCUCCGCUGAUGCAGACGACGAGGAGUUGGAAAAGAUUUUGAUUGAUGUGUUUGAACUCAACAGUCGUGCCACUAAUCAACAGGGUGCGCAGUCGCAGGCAAGAUCAGACGCAACUUCGACGCCGAAUGUGAAUGGAGCCGCCAAUGGCCAUAGGCCAUCUGGAUCAGGUUCCGUAAGUGAAAAAAAAAUUGCUCGAGACCGUAUGCCAUAGGGCUGAUUGACAAAUAGUCUACCCACUGACCCAGAAUGGUAAUAAGCAGCAGAAAGAUGCGGACAAAAGUAAAGCAAGGCAACCAUGAGGAGCCGACGGGAGGUGAAGAUUCCUCCACUGGGCUCUUGGCUUUUGUUGUAGAGAGGAAAGUGGAGCACGUUCUGCUCAAUUUGUACCUUCCAAUGUUCAUCCAAUCAGUCAUGACAGCAGUAUUCGCAUAUAUUGUUAUCUCUGUAUAGUAUCAGGUGUCUUGAUGCACAGCCUAUGUAGUUUGCAAUGAUACGCUGUUGAAUAAACUUUCACGCUUGAAGCUCCAACAGCCAGUGAGAAUUUAAAGUCCAGUCGAGCACCGUUUCACCUGGACAUAAGUCGAUCUAAACCGUACCCUCGCUGCCAGCACCUG